UUACAGCUGCCAUAGAGAAGGCCAAGCAUGCAGACCGUGUGUCAAAGACUACUUACAGGAACAGAAUCAAGAAGCACAAGGACUUCUUGAAUUCUACUACCGAGGAGCAGGAGGUUAUGCUUCACAAUGCAGACAUCAAAUGGAAGGCAAUGCGCAUGAAAGCCGGUCGCUAUUUCACUCAAGUCCUCAGCAAGCAAGGAAUUGACGCUCCUGACGCGGAUGACAAGUCGCCCCGUAGAUUACUAAGCAUUGUCGAUGACGAUGCUACUGGAGAGGGUGCCGAGGAUUCGACUGUCCCCCGCGAUUCUGACGAAGAAUCUGAGGGUGUCGACCCGCACGAGGCUCGCGACCCGUCCGAAGACCUUGAUCCGUACGAAGACCCUGAUCCGUACGACGAUCGUGACCCCUACGAAGUCCCUGAUCGGUACAAAGAUCACAAGAAUCGCGACCCGUCCGAAGACAGUGGUCCGUACGAAGACCUUGAUCCGUACGAGGACCCUGACGCGUACAAAGGCAGUGAUGGAUAUGAGGAUCGAGACCCUUCUGAAGAUCUUGAUCCGUACGAAGGCCGUGACCCGUACGAGGACCUCGAUGAGUACGAGCGCCGUGAUCGGCACAAAGGCCGUGAUCCGUACGAAAGCCGUGACCCAUACGAGAGCCCUGACCCGGAUGCCCCUGCCGACGACUUCUUCGACUGAACAGAAGCUUAGCCUCGGUACACGAUUUGGAAGAAUCAUCGAGGGCAUUGGCUCGGAGCCCUGGAGUCCUUCUUUAAGAAGUUGGAAGAACUCGGAGAGCUGCAGUGCUGUCUACCAACUCCUGAACACUGAGGAGCAAGACAAAUUCGUCGACCUCUUGAUCGAUACCACUAUGGAAGAGUGUGACAAACACUUAAUCAGUAUUGAAAUUCCUUCCAAGUACGGGGUCCCUAUGACUCAGUACCUCCCUCCCCCCACGUCAUCUUCACAGAGAGUGAGAUUGCCGUCCGGCGCUGUCUCGUCCUGUCCGCACAGGCCGGGUUUGUCUUCGAGGACAUUCAGAAACUCGGAAUCCUUGGUUCAGGUGACGAGUACCUUCGUGGUAAUGUUCCUCUCCCAGGAGGAUCGUUCGUCUACCCGGAAGGAUUUGACCACGGCACGCAUGACUUCCACCUGGCGGGUGAUCCUGAGCUCGCGAAAAAGGCGCUCAUGCUCAUUCUGGUUCCUAUGAAUGCCAACGAGUGUCUAGACGCCGCUACUCUCCUAGCUGAUACCGGCGAACUCACCUUUGUUGCGGAAGCCUAAUGGCGAUUAGGUAGUUCUAGGUAUGCAUACUCCGUAUGCUAACAUUUGCUUUCAUAGGCCUAUGGUCUCAAAAUACAAUCCUUCUCUACAGAUCCGCCUCUAGCUAUGUAGUCUUCGGUUUUUGCGCGCGUUGGGUUGGAGAGUUUUCAUGUAUGUUGCAAGGAGCGUGAGGCAGGCGCACCCA